GGGUGGUACGGUACAUCUACAGGUGGGUGGGGCUCGAUUUUGCCAUCAUGUGUAGUGACUGGACCACUUUCAAGACUAGAGAGAAAGGGAAUAAGAGAAAAGGUACAAACCGGAGCACUGAUGGACAGAAAGGAGCUAAUGGGAACACUGAAGUUAUUAGGAAAAGAAAGACAGCUGGAAAACCAGUUCCUUCACAGAAGACAAUGGCUAUGGUGCAGUCAAUCAAAGAAAGUGGUAGCAAAUAUUUGGAAAAGAGAAAGAAAGAGGAUCCAUUAGAAGGGAGCAGCGAGGAGGAGGAGGAGGAGGAUGGACAUGGGGAAAGCAAGAGAGAAGAGUUGCUUAAGAAGACUCUAAAAGAAUAUUAUUCAUCUUUACCUUCUGAUAAAACAGAGAUGAAAGAUCUUCCGGAGUUUUUCAGUGAAGCUUUCAUGGCUUCAUCUAGUGCCUGUCUCAUCUGUCUGUCAUCAAUACGACGAGUUCAACCAGUAUGGAGUUGUCUGCAGUGUUUUUGCCUGUUUCAUCUUCAAUGCAUUCAGCACUGGAUAAAAGACGGGACUCAAAGCCACGCCCUUCUUUCCGCUCACUUAUUCCCCGAUCAAGAGAGGCAGUGGGCAUGUCCAAAGUGUCGGAGGGACUACCCGUUGUCUCAGACUCCCAAAGUGUACGUGUGUUUUUGUGGUAAGGUAGAGGAUCCUGUUGAUGACCCGUGGGUACUCCCUCAUUCCUGUGGGGAGAUCUGUAAUAAAGGGCUAGUUCCUUCUUGUGGGCAUAGAUGUGUCUCACUUUGUCAUCCUGGUCCUUGUCCUCCAUGCCCUAAAACAAUCAGUGUAUCAUGUUAUUGUGGUCGUGGUGGGUUGGUGGUUAAAAGGUGUGGCUCCAAAGGUUGGUCUUGUGGGCGUGUCUGUCGUAAAAUCCUCUCCUGCUCUCAACACGUGUGUGAGUCAAAAUGUCACGAAGGUGAGUGUCCCCAGUGUCAGUAUACACUGGAGCAAGAGUGUAGGUGUGGUAGGAGGAGAGAAGAGAAACCCUGUGCCCAGUUGGACUGGCAGUGCAAUCAGGUCUGUGAUAAGAAGCUCUCCUGUGGCCACCAUAGCUGUGAGGAGGUGUGUCACACUGGUGUCUGUGGAGACUGUCCCAGAGGACGUCCCAGGGCGUGUCCCUGUACAAAGACCACCCACAGUCUCUCAUGUACUGCCGAUGUGCCUACAUGUGGCGAUACAUGUGGGAAGAAAUUGUCUUGUGGUGUUCAUAAGUGUAUGCGCUUGUGUCAUUAUGGAGACUGUGGACAUUGUAUUCAGAGGAUUACCAAAAGUUGCAGGUGUAAGAAGAAGACUAAAGAAAUAACUUGUGGUACUGAGUUCCUGUGUGAAGCUAAGUGUACUAACACCAGACAAUGUGGGAGACAUCUUUGUAAGAGAAAAUGUUGUGACGGCCAGUGUCCACCGUGUGAACAGUCAUGUGGUAGAACGUUGGUCUGUGGUCAUCACAAAUGCUCAGCUCCUUGUCAUCCUGGUGAUUGCUAUCCUUGUUCAUUAACCAUUACGCUCACCUGUAGGUGUGGCAAGACAAAAAGACACGCCCUCUGUAUCCAACGGCAACGAGUGAGGCCUCCCCUCUGUAGAGAACCUUGUCUUGCUCCUCCAAAAUGUCAUCAUUUGUCUCGUGCUCCUCAUCGCUGUCAUAACGGACCCUGUCCACCUUGUUCCUUUGUGUGUGGGUUGGUGCAUGAGGGGUGUGGUCACUCUUGUCCCUCUGUCUGUCAUACUGAACCAAGAAGCAAGCCAAAAGAGUCUGCUCCAAUGGAUGCUACCCUCCCCUGGGAUCAAAUGAAGCUCAUAUUACAAAGAUACGAAGAAGACAUGAAGCAGCUGAUAGUGGACCCCUGUCCCUCAUGCAUCGUACUAGUCCCUCAGAUAUGCAUUGGUGGUCAUGAAGUUAGGAAUUUCCCUUGUUCUGAGAGACAUCCUUAUGCAUGUGGUAAAAAGUGUGGACGUGUCCUUUCUUGUAGUAACCAUUACUGUGAGAGACCAUGUCAUAAUGUCGUUAAUCCUCCGUCUGAUAAUGAGGCUGGGGAAGAUUGUUCAUCGUGUGAAUUAGAUUGUCAGAAGCCACGCCCAUUGGGUUGUACACACACAUGCAAGUUACCUUGUCAUCCAGGAGAUUGUCCUCAAUGCAUGCACUCCAUCAGACUGAGGUGUCAUUGUUCUACUAUGCCAAUAACACUACACUGCCAUGUUUGGACAUCAACAGAUGAUGAUCAAAAGUCAAAACUUCAAGCAUGUAACAACCAAUGUACCAAACUGUUAUCUUGUGGACAUCGUUGUUCAUAUUCUUGUCACUCUGGUAACUGCUCACCAGUUGAUCAGUGUUCUCAAAAGGUCACUUUCAGAUGUUUGUGUAAACGACUUAAAAAGGAUUUGAAAUGUUAUGAGAAUGAGAAGAGGCCAGUCUGCAAUGAAGAAUGCUCAAGAAUUAAGAAAGAGAAAGAAGAGGAAAGAGCCAGGAAACAUGCUGAAGCAAUGGCAGAGGAGGAGAGAGUAAAGGAGGCAGAGAGAGAGGCACUUUUGAGAAGAAUACAAGGACAACCAAGAAAAAAGAAAAAUAGGAAACUGCAAGAAUCAAAGAGCAUUGAACCGUCGUGUCUUGUAAAACAUAAACUCAAAAUAAUUGUAGCUAUUAUUGUCAUCAUAACACUAGGAAUUGUUUUACUAAUAUUCAGUUAAUUAAUGCUG